CUCUCUGUGUGUGUGUGGAGUGUCUCUCUGUGUGUGUGUGAACGUCUCUGUGUGUGUGUGGAGUCUCUGUGUGUGUGUGCAGGGAGUAUCUCUCUGUGUGUGUGGAGUCUCUCUCUCUGUGUGUGGAACCUGCUCUUCGUGCGGGGAGUCUCGUCGGCAUGGAGCGCCUCGCCGCGCUCAAGAGGCGCCUGCAGCAGUGGGAGGCCGAGUUCGCGUCACUCCGGCAGCGCAAGGCCCGCAAGGAGGACAUCGAGGCUGAGCCCGAGAUCCAAGGGAUGUACAAGGAGUACGCAGCCCUCAAGAAGGCCCAGGCAACUGUGCAGCCGGUGGUGGAGGAGCCUUCACUUAAAGACGACGUCUCAGAAUCGGACACGUGGGGGUCUCAUCUCAACAGAAAGAAUCAAAUAAAAUUGCCCGUGCCUCAUGAAGCGUCACCACAGGGCAGUCCCGCACAGCGUUAUGGCUUGAAGCUCAAAGAAAAACUGGCUCCGUUCUACAAGGAUAAAUACAGAGUGUCUCCUAAACAAAAUGCCAGUAGAGAGAAGAAGGCAGGCGCGAGCGGCAGUGUCACAAACGGGGCCAGUGCGGCGACGAUGGACAAGAAGGCUCCAUGGGCCAGCAUCGAGGAGCACGAGGAGGAGGAGGCCGAUCUCUCGGGCCUGGCCUUCACUCGGGUGCCACCGUCCGUGACGAGGACUGUGCGUGAUCUCGCCGUCCCCUCGCUCGAGAGACGGAGCGGGUGUCUCGCGGGGAGCGCUCCUACGCCCACAGGCCGGCCGGUCUCCGCCGUGGCGUCCCGGCGACGAGAUACGACAGUGGAAGGCGCGAGGGAUAGGCUGCGGAAAUGGUCAUCUCUAGACACCGACUGGCUGGACAGGUGCCAGAGAUCGACAGGGAUUGAAGAAUCCUGUGACCUUUCACUGCCUGUCUUCCCUGCUGCUACCUUGGAUGGACUCACAGAUGUUUCCGGAGACUUGGAGACUGCCACAGCCAAUGCUAACUGCAGUGCUCAUGCUGCGCUAAAUGCUAAGAAUGCCUUGGUAGAUAUUACGCUGGGAGAAACUAAGUUAGAAACUGUGGCCCCUGUAGCAAAUAACUGUAACAAGGAGAUGGUUCAAACUUCUGAUAAAGUAAGGAACAGAAUUGGAAAUGUUUUUAAUGUAUUUGAAGAUAUCUCAAGUGACGGAGGAAAAACGGAUAAAGGAUUUCUGCAGAGCGAUGAUGCCUUGUGUGAGAACGAGGAAAAAAGUCGAAUUGAGUCGAUGUCUCGUUGCCAUGUAACGGAGCGUAGAGAGAAUGACACCAAUUUUUCAAACGUCAAAUGUGCCUCCAGUGUGAAGUCGGCAAAGGAGGGUCUGCAAGAUAGAGCACCGGGAAGCACAGAUGGCGGUGCGAUUGUGGAGUUGGCUGAGCUUGACUCGGCAUCUCCGUCCCCUGUGAAGCAGAAGAGGCGUAGAGCUGCGUCUGCAAACAAAAGCAAUUCCGAAAAGAUGCCAACAAAAAGAAGACGCGUGGAAGCCGGUGGGAGGAAGUCUGAGGAGGCGAGAGCAGAUGAUGAGGGGGUGGCGAGCAGUACGGAAGGUGUGCAUGGCACUGCAAAAGAGUCGUCGCCUGUCAGGGACACUGGCGGUGAACGCAGCGUCUCUGUGCCUGGGAAGACCUCUGGACCUUCCUACAGACAUCAAGAGAACUUUGUUCGACUGAACUUUAAAGCAAAGACGUUUAUCAGGAGAGGUCGGGGCGCUCUGAAUGGGCGCCAGCUACGCAAGCAGGUGUAUAAAGAGAAGUGGCACAAGAAGGGCCACGAUUUUGGUGGUGGCAAAGGGCAAAACCGAGAGGGAAACGCCUGCUUCAAGUGUGGCCAGAUGGGACACUGGGCCAGCCAGUGCGGGAAAGGACAUUUUGCAAAAAAGCCAAUGAGCCCCAAAGUGGAGGAAACAGAGGAGACGACGUCCGAAGAAACGAGCCCGUUUCUCACCCUCGAAGAAGUGACAAAGAGGGUGAACCCAAGUGCCGUGAUGAGGUGCACAGCUGCAGCAGCUGGACUUGCGGAGGAGGCCGGCAGCUCAACACUUAAUCCAGCCGGCCAUGUGCCUGAGAGCGCUAGCGACGAGAACCUGCUGCUGAUGAAUGUGGAGCGGCCCGUGUAUGAGCCGGAGGUGGUCCAGCUGCAGUCCAUCGAGCCGCUCUACCCGCCUGGGCCCAACGGGGAUCCCAUCGCCACACCGCGCGAGGUGUUCUCGGUACUGAAGUCGCUCGGGUUUUCCUCGUUCCGGCCUGGGCAGGAGGCGAUCGUCAUGCGCAUUCUGUCUGGCCUUUCCAGUCUUGUGGUGCUCUCCACUGGUGCAGGGAAGUCGCUCUGCUAUCAGCUACCGGCGCUGAUGUACGCACGCCGCUCGGCCUGCAUCACCCUGGUCAUCUCCCCGCUCGUGUCCCUGAUGGAUGACCAGGUGUCGGGACUGCCUCCAGGGUUGAAGGCCGCCUGCAUUCACUCGAACAUGACCAAAGCACAGCGCGCAAGUGUCAUCGCGAAGGUGAAGGAGGGAGCGGUGCACGUGCUCCUCCUGUCUCCCGAGGCGCUGGUGGGGGGGCGUGGCGGCGCGGGAUUGACGUGCCUGCCCCCCGUGCACCAGCUGCCUCCCAUUGCCUUCGCCUGCAUCGACGAGGCGCACUGCCUCUUUGAAUGGUCACACAACUUCCGGCCCUCCUAUCUGCGCCUGUGCAAGGUGCUAAGAGACCAGAUGGGCAUUCGCUGCAUGCUGGGCCUCACGGCUACGGCGACCCAGAACACGGUUGCUCAGAUCUCGCGUCACAUCGGCAUCACAGGAGACGGAGCGGCCGUGCGAGUGGUCGAUGUUCCCCCGAACCUGCUGCUCACGAUCUCCUGCGACCGAGACCGUGACCGCGCGCUUGUGGAGCUUCUGAAGAGCCCACGGUUUGAGAGCCUGGAGUCCAUCAUUGUUUACUGCACGCGGAGGGAGGAGACGGCGCGCGUUGCCGCUCUGCUCAGGACCAGUCUGCAAGACUUCUCCACUUCGCUUGCGCCCGCCGCCGAUGUCGAGUCAAAGUCGGGGGCGACCAGUGGCAAACGAAAGCAGAAGAAGGCCUCCGCCAAGGUGUCCCGGUGGUCUGCGGACUCGUACCAUGCGGGCAUGACGGCCGCCGAGAGGAAGGCAGUCCAGACACGUUUCAUGCGAGGUGCCCUGCGUAUCGUGGUGGCCACCGUGGCCUUUGGAAUGGGGCUGGACAAGGCCGACGUGCGGGCCAUCGUGCACUACAAUAUGCCCAAGAGCUUCGAGAGCUACGUGCAGGAGAUCGGAAGGGCAGGCCGUGACGGCGAGCCGGCCCACUGCCACAUGUUCCUCGAUUCGGAGGCCAGAGACCUGCAGGAGCUGCGCCGACACAUCUACGCCAACACCGUUGAUAGGAUCACCGUGAAGAAGCUCCUGCAGAAGGUGUUUCCUCCCUGCAAGUGCAGGCAGCUGCACCUUCGCAGACAACAACUGGAGAUGGAGGAGGAGUUUGGUUACGUGCGUGAUGACGAGAUGGCAGAUAUCCCCGACCCCGUAUCGGAGACCGCCAUGGCCGAGUGUUCUCACGUCGUCGAGGAAUCCGGCGAGCAGGAGUCGGUUGAGAAUCCGUGCUCCGACGACAUCAUGUCAGCAAGGGAGGCCGCGGAUAAACCAUUUCCGCAAGAGGAUGAUGCGUUGGAAAAGUUGACAGAUUCCCAACGUAGAGCAUCCCCUAGCCCUCAAGGCGGAACCCAUGAGGAUCCUACUUUGCAAGCGACGGGACUUGGCGAUGCUUUUGCCACGGGUGGCGGUGACGGUUCAGCUCAUCUCUCUCGGCCCUUGGAUUCUCGCUGGAAUGGAAACGAUGGAAACGAGGGAGAGCGAGAGGCUGGGGUUCCAAGGCUGUGCAAAGGACACGAAAGGGCAAUCCCCAUUGAAUCCAACGUGGAGGCCCUGGACAUGAUAGAAGAAGGCAUCGAGACUCUGCUGUGCUACCUGGAGCUGCACCCGCGGCGCUGGGUGGAGUGCCUGCACCCGACCAUGGCCACCUGCCGCAUCCGCUGCUACGCGGGGCCUGCGCAGCUCCGCCAGAUCGCAAAGAGCUGUUUGCCGGUGGCCGUGGUGAUUGCCCGCGAGCGCUUGAGAGGACAGAGCUUUGAAGGCCGGAGCGAGCUGGAGUUCGACGUGGUGGAGCUGUGCGAUAGCAUGGCCUGGGAGCUGUAUGCCGUCAAGAGGGACCUGCUGCAGCUGCAGUGGCAGAAGGAGCCCCGUGGGGGGCAGGCGAGCAAGAGCUCCGUGCUGGUGGAGUUCCACGAGCUGGCGUUCCGCUUCCGCUCCCCGGGGGACCUGCGUGACGAGGAGCACGACGAGUUGUGCUCCGCGAUUCACGGCCGCGUGCUCGCGCAGGAGCGCGUCGAGCUCUACCAGUUGCGAAGCUGCUUCACGGCCUUCCAGAGCGUGGCCUUCGAAGCAUGCGGCCACUGUGUGGACGGCUCCGGUUUGGUGGAGCAGAGUGAUCAGCUGAAGCGAGUGCUCAAGAGCUACUUUGACGAGCACUGGGAUCUGGAGAGCAGCACGACGUCCGGUGCAGGCGCAGCAGAGGAGGAUCUCAUCCAUAAAUUGGUGAAGGAGCAGGUCAGCAGGGAUAUCAUCACCUUCUUAUGUCUGCAUCAUGACCGCAGCUUCUCUGCUCGUGCCAUCGCUCGCAUCUUCCACGGCAUCGGGAGCCCCGCGUAUCCUGCCAAGGUGUGGGGCCGAGACCGGCGCUUUUGGAGGAGGCACCUCGACGUCGACUUCUACUUCGUCAUGGAGGUCGCCAAGCGGGAGAUCCUGCGGCUCCGCUAAGCCGACACGCGCUGCUCACGGCGCUCCGCGUCUCUCUCUUGAUCUCUCUCUCUGCGCAUCUCUUGAUCUCUCUCUCUCUCCAUCAGCGAGCGCCACGC